CUCUUCUCGACGGUGUUCUCUCCUCCUCUUUCUUCAGGGCGCAGACGGGGUGUCGGAAACUGAACUGGAACUCGAGCAAGGAAAUCCGAGACUCUUUCACGGCUUCUGUCGCCUCGUUUCCGGGCCUUCGAUGACGACUUUCCUGCAAUGUAGGCAGGACGCCGCGCGCAAAACUGCACACCCUCGCGUUCUCAUUGCGGCGCCCCAAGCGGCCGACGCCAUGCAAGGCUAGACAGCUGUCACUCGCGUUUCGUUUCUGUUGCCGGGCCGCGGUUUUCUCUCGUGGUUCUCCAGGUUUCAAAUUCUUUUCUGCGGAGAGAUCGAGCUCCUCGAGUAGCGAACGCGCCUUCAGCCGCCUCCGGAACACUCGAGAGUUACCGCUGACGGAGAGACGGGUCAAAUGCGGAGAGCGAGGCAGGCAGAAAAAGAGGAAAGCUCGCUGUUCCUCCGCUUGCUGCUUCCUUCGUCGUCCACGCGUUUUCCACUCUCCGCUCUCCUCUCUCUCCGCGGAGAAAAGAGCGCUGCGCCGUCGAGCUCCGAGUCCCAUCUAGCUGCUCGGCUUGGCAUGCGCCCUCCUCCCUCGUCUCGGCUCUCUCUUGUCCUCUUCUCCCUCGCCUCUCUCUCUCGUUUUCUCUCUCUCUCUCUCCGCUCGACCACCCUGAGUGCGUCUGGCGGCGGAAGCGUCGCGUCUCCUCUCUGCUUCUCUCUGCCUCUUUCUGCGUCUCUAGCUCUCUCGACGGCUCCCUCGGACACAGUCGCUCUCUGUGCUUCUCUCCGCUUCCCUCUCUGCUUCUCCAGGCUUCUCUCUUGUUCUCUCCCGCCCUCUCCAGUUUUCUCUUGUUGUCCCUCACUCUCGCGAGUUCUCUUGUCUCCUCGGUCUCCUGGCCUCGCUGCCUCCUGGGAGCGGCCCAGGAGCUGCAGCGUGAGGGGGGAAGCUUCGCUUCGACGCAGGUUCGUUUCUCCCUUCAGACACCAUGAAGCGGGAGGAGAGAGGUCUCUCGUCUUUCGCCGCUGAGCCUCUGUUCUCUUUGCCUGCUGCUCAGCCAUCGGGCCUUCGCCUCUGCUCUGCCCGCCGGCACCAUGGGGUGUCUGUACACCCGAAGACGUAGCGCGGGCGGCUGAAGCGUUGACGCCGUGAGGCGCGAUUCGUUCCUUCUCCAGCAGAUUCUGAAGGUACUUGCUUGAACGCACACUGGAAGGCGCCGUUUCUGUGUCUUCGCGUCUCUCUGUCCGUCCUCUCUGUCCGUCCUGUCUGUCUCUGCCUCGCCUCGACCUGGCUGAUGUCCGAGCGACGCGCGCACCCCCAAGGAGAGCGCAAGGAUGUCGGCCUGUACUAAAGGCGGGACGCUCGCCUCUGCUCCGAGCUGCCAAGACAGCCGGUGCUCUUCCUGCUGUCCCUGGUGUCUCUUCUUCGAGAGCGAGUCCGUCCUCUACCGAGUGCAAGAUCAGGAGCCUCCCUUCGGCGUGGAAGGUUUCGGCCCCGGCUCCGCCUGGCAGGUGCAGGUCUCUCUGUUGUCGCUGCCGCGGCUGCUUCCCGAGAAAAGCGCAGGAGCAUGUGCAGGCGAGAAAAAAACCGCAGUGGGAGGACCUCACAGCGAGCAGGAGGCGGCCUGGAGUCGGGAGACGGCGGCAGAGACGGAGAAGAGACAGAAAACAGGUGAAAGGCUCGGAGAUCGCGAGCCGCACGGAGAGAGUGGAGGCGGUCUCGAGGCCGGAUCCCUUCAUCUGCUUUCUGAGGAACGGAGACCCCCUGCCUCGACUUCCUCUUUCUCGUCUUCGUCGUCUUUCUCGUCUUCGUCGUCUUUCUCGUCUUCGUCGUCUUUCUCGUCUUCGUCGAGUUCCUCGACCCACACCUGGAGGCAGUCCGCGGCUGCAGUCGAGCACCAGUUCGUCCUCCAGGUGACCGCAACGCAUGUUGACGACCGCGCCGCCUGCUCGUCGCCUCCUGCCGGCGCAGUCUGGGGGACAAGCCCCGACCUGUCGGCCACUCGUGUGGGGUCGUGUCUCUGCAGGUGUCUCCUCGGCUGCUGCGGUGCGAACCGACGGGAAGACGGACCUGCGCCGCUUCGACGCAAACGCACCAGAGGCCGUAGCUUCAAAAACCACGAGUUCCUGACACAGACCAGGGAGACAGAGAAGGCAGUAAAGGAAAAAGGCGAGAGAAGAGAAGACUUCCGAGAGUGGGGGCAGGCGAAAGGAGAAGACGAAAGUGACGGGGCCUGUCGUGUUCACCUUUUCAGACAUGGGAUGGAGGCGCAGUCCCUCGAGGGCGGCGAGUCUCCGAGAGCCGCCGAGAAGAGUCGAGGCCGUCUGAAGAGAAGAGAGGAGGGAAAACCGGGCAAAGGAAGAAGAGCAGCGCGCAAGAGCGUCGCUGCGGCCAGUGACGCGGAUACAUGCACAGAGUGCGGCCGACAGCUCUCGUUCGCUCCUGAGGCAAACCGAGGUCGCAUGGGAAGCCCAGAGGCGCCUGCCGCAAGAAGCGUCGCGCGUCAUCAGGCAGAAGACGGAGAAGCAGGGAACGAAGGCGACGGCGUCGAGGCGAAAAGUACCUGCGCAGACGCGGGGAGAGAAAAACAAGACGAGGGUCUUCCUUUCUCGCCUCCCCCGGAAGAUCUCUCAGGCACGACUCCUUCCUCAUCCAGUUCUCAGCCUCUCACAGUUUCUUCUCCUACGCACUGCUCUUCUUCUGCGCAGGUUGCUGCGUCGCAGUCAUCGUCUUCUUCUUGUUCUUGCUCUCCUCUGGCGACUGCCGCUUCUUCGCCGUGUUGCUGUGAGCCGACUUGCCCGAAGAUGCGCCCGUGGGGAGAUCGGCGCGGACGGAGCCUCGAGUCUCCUCACCGCUUUCGUUCGAACUCGACCAGUUCUCCGAGGGCGGCCGUCGAAGGCGCAGCUCUGCACUCAACGUGUCCUGAGCUGUACAUACACUGGGGCAUCUGCGUGGAGAGGCCGGACGAGUGGCAACUGCCGCCGGACGCGCUGGUGCCGCCGGGCUCGCGGAUUUCGCGCGAGUCGCAGGCGGCUCAAACGCCCUUUCUGUGCUUAUGUUCUUCCUGUUCCGACCUGCGAGCAGACACAGCCAACGCCUCUCGCCACUCCGGCGGCCGCCUCGGCUGCCUCUGUCGCCUUCAGCGGACGGACAACAGACGCGCGGAGAGCCGGGUGCGCCGCGACGGGGAGAACAAGCGAACGUCGCGAGAUCCCGAGCGACGGCGAAAGAGAGAUAGCGAGAGAACAAGGGGACGAAUAAGAGGGAGAACAAGGGAGAGAAUGAGAGAGAGAACAAGCGAAAGAACAAAGGAUCGAAUAAGAGAGAGAACAAGGGAGAGAACACGAGACGAGGACACAGGAAUUCUCCGGGAAGGUGAAAGGGAAGACAGUGAAAGGGGCUAUGGAUCUGCAAGAGCCUCCCGGCGUCUCUGCUGUCGCUGUCAGAGCAGGCAACAAGAAGACAGAGCGGCAGCCGAAACGAGAGAGAGAGGAAGCAGAUUUUCCUCUGAGGACGCCCCGCCGUUUGCGGACUCGCCUUUUUCUUGCUCAUCAUCCCGGGCCUCUCCGGAGUCUUCUCUUUUUUCGCGUUCCUCCUCGAGAGGACUCCUUGCGGAAGCCUCUGCCACACCGACGUACUGCGUGCAAUUGCCUCUGGGACCGACAACAGGCAAGCGUUCGGAGUUGCCUCUCGGCGUCCAGUUCGUUCUCUUCGCUCCUCCCUGGCGGUGGGUAAAACCCAGCGCAUAUUCCAAUUUCUUCUUCAAUGUUCACCAGGCAGCUGCGCGACUCCAGCUUCGUGUGGCUGCUGCCUUUCUCCGUCGUGCACUCUCUUCCUCCCCUCUCCCUUCAUCUUCUCUCUCGUCCUCGCCUCUCUCUUCCUCCCCUCUCUCUUCUUCCCCUCUCUCUUCGUCUCCUGUCUCUUCGUCUCCUCUGUCGCCCGUGUCUCCGGCUGCCGCGCGUUUGGCUGUCUCUUCGCGGGUCGGCUCUCCUCACACUGGGUUUGUCGAGAGGCUCUCAAGAGGUGAGGAGAGACACUGCGAAACAGAAACAGAGAGACAGAGAGCAAGGGGGGCGGAGACAGCGGCUCGAGCGGGAGUGGAGUGGCAGCCGGCUUGCGGGGACCCAUGCAGAGGAGGGGGAGGCGAGAACAACGGAGCCGUUCUCUCUGGAGAGGCCGCAACAGCUGUCCUCACGUCGUCUGAGUUAGGACGCCAUUCUUCCUCUUCACGCGGCGUUCCCGACCUCGUCCGCGGUCGCUCCCUCUCUUCUUCGUUCUCUUCGUCCUCAGCGUCCUCAGCGUCCUCGUGGACCUCUUCGGUUGGGGGCUCACGAGUAUGGACGCUGCAAGAGGCGGAGCUGCGCGAUUUCGCUGUGGGGGUGCCGCCUGCCUGGGAGCUUGUGGUGGCGGCUUCAUGGAGUUCGGGGAGACUCGCUGCUGGCUCGCAGCCGUUUCCAGAGACAGACGCGCAGCUCCUAGCCGUCCAAGCGGUUCUGUGUGGCGCGUCUCUGGAGACGGGCGCCUCUGCCGCUGCUGUGUGGGUGACCCCCCCCGCGGCGCGAAGAGCCGACCGUCCCCUCAAAUCUGUCUCUGCUGUCGACUCUCUGGGGUCGACGCAUGAGCGGCCCUUCGUUCCCGUUUCCGCAGCCUCCUUCUCCAUCCCUUCUCUCGCGUCUCUCUCGAGGCCUACAUCGCGCGCGUCUGUCCGUGGGGACCAGCCUGCAGGCGAGCAUGGCGGACAGGAAGGGUGGUGCGCGCAAAAGCGAGGCGACACCUGGCGAUGCAUGCGCGACGAUGUGGACGACGGCCAAGUCUCGAGCUGCUCGUCCUCGGUGUCUUUCGACCUCGCGACCAACUGCGCAGACUCCAGAGACAGCAGGGAAGACGCUGGCCAGGGUGCACAGCCGCCACGAGGAGGGCGGAAGAGAGAGCAAAAGGUGACGGUGGAGAGACACCAGAAAGAAGGGGGAGGAAGAGAUGAAGAAGCCGAGACGGAGAGAAGUGACGAACAAGUGAAAAGCAACGAAGAAGAGACGAACGUAGAGGAAGAAGAACUCGUGAGGGCGCCCACUCUUCGGCAGCUCUGCAGCACAGCUGUGCCUCGCUUCUUCUUCGCGGGGGGACCUGGGCGGGGUACCGAAGAAGAAGAUUGUCCUCUGUUAGAUGAGUUUUUUCGCUGCGACGCAUGCAGAAGAAAUCGGUGUGCAUGUCUCUCGCUCUCGCUGGAUGCACCGCUCGAUUUCCUGUUCGUCUCAACUCGCCUCGCUGUCUUCCCUUCAUACAAACCCAACGGAGAGGGAGGACCCAGGAUUGUCUCUCGUCAAAGAGACAGGUGGCAGCAGCGUUUUGCCCCACCCCACACUUUCCCUGAGAGAGAAGACCCGCCGCCUCCGCUUCUGCCCUGCCUCCAGUUUGAGCUGCGCAUGCGCCGAGACAAAGCUGCCGCCGAGGCGACAAGCGACGCAAAAGACGACCCACCUCCUCUGCUUCUCUCUUCCCUCUCUGCACCUGAACCCCGUGACUCCAUCUUCCCUUCUUCUUCUCUCCCGUCCUCUUCUUCUUCUCUCCCGUCCUCUUCUUCUUCUUCUCUCCCGUGCUCUUCUUCUUCUCUGCGAUCUUCCUCUUCUUCUCUGCGAUCUUCUUCUUCUCUCCGGUCUUCUUCUUCUCCGGGGUGUUGUUGUCGGGAGCUUCCUGCUGGUGGGUGCCCCGAAGGUCGGGGGCUGAGUCAUGGCGAUCUGCGGGGAGGGUCGAGGCUCCUGCGCCUCCAGGCGCAUCGCCAGAGGUUCGCGCUGGAUGGAACAGAGCCUGCGAGUUGUCUCCGAUCUUUCUGGGCUUCCUCCGCUGGCGAGGAGACAGAGGCUCUUCUCUCGGGGACUUGCCUCGCGGUGUUUCCCUCGCCCUCCCUCCAGAGUGGCCUGGGAGCCUCACGCAACAGGCGACGAAACAGAGACAGACGAAGUCUAUCCGCUUUCUUUGGCGCCACACAAACUCUGCCCCACCGGCGGCAAACGAAGCGCAGAACCUACACAGACGAAGACACACAGAGAAACCGGCAUAGACGCCAGGGCAGGACCCGAGGUGUACAGACUGGCACAAACAGAGAGGAAGAUAGACAGAAAGACAGAAAGGAAGACAGAGAGCAAUACAGAGAGGAGAAGAGGGCAGAGAUCGAGGAAGAAGACAGGCAUUUGUCUGUUUCAUCUGUGGGUGUCCAGGAAGACUUGUUCGCUCCUCUUGUCGCAUCUCGGGCUCUGCGGCAGCGGGUGCCUAGCAGCUCGGCUCGUUCGUGGACUCCAUCUGACACAACGAAAUCGAUAUCCGCUUCCAGAGAGGCCGGCGACGGAGCCGAAGAAGCUGCUGAAGAGAAGCGAGGAGGCGCUCCGACGCCCCCAGGCUGGUCCGCAGAAGGCAGGGCGUCUGUGGACGCGGUGCAAGCAACAACCGCACAGAGAGAAGCACAAGGACGGAGAAGCUCGAGCAGGAAAAAACGCCAGCGCGAUGGGGAAGGGGCGACGCUACACAGAGACAGCCGGGCGCAGUCGGUGGGGACAGUGCAGCGAGGGCGAGAGAAGAAGGGUGAUAGAGUGGAGACAGCAGAGACGCAAACAGAGAGAACAGAGACGGAGAGAAGAAAGGGAGACGGGGUACACCCAGGGAGGACAGAGGUACAGAAUAGUCAGACGGAGAGAACAGAAACAGAGAGACCACAGACAGAGAGAACGGGGACAGAAGGGGGAAGGUGUGGCGACACAGGACACAGCCAGUGUGUGCAUCGCCUCAUCCAAAGCCUCCUGAGCGAACCUGUGAGGGAGACGCGUCUCCCUAGGCUCGCAUUCGCAGAUGAACAAUUGUUGGCGUUCAAACGUUUCGCCCUCACAGGCGAAGACCGGGCGGAGAAGGGUGAGGCGGAGGCGGCGCUUCUUGCGCCGCGCGCGCCGAACUGUGGAGACUCCUCGAGUUUCCAUCUGCGUCUCUCGGUCCUUCUCUGGGAAGAGAACGCCUCUCUGAUUCGGUCCCCCAGCCACCGGUCGUUCCCUAGCCUCACCACGUCUUCCUCGUCUUCUCCCUCGUCUUCUCCCUCGUCCUCUUCCGAGACACAGACGCGUUGCUGGAUUCACUGGGGGCUGAAGCUCGGCUCGAGGAAGUCGGUGAGACAACAGGCGCGGACGCUGGUGCGGGCGGCAGUGGCUGGAAUUGCAGGCUGCGUGCUGCCAGCCACCGCGCGCGCGCUCGGCCUGCCUGCGACAAAAUGCGAUCUCUUCACAUCCAUCCCCGCCGCGUACGCGCCGUCUUUCUGCGCCGUCGAAAGGCACGAAGGCGAGGCUGACCGCCGCGUUCUCUUUCUCCAGCAACUCGCUGCGUGCGUCGAGAAAAUGGAAGAAGAAGGCGAACUUGAAGAGCGACAGCAAGGAGGUCAAGAAGGAGCACACGAGAGAGAACGUGAGAGAGCCGGCGCGGUGGGGGGUGGAGGGGAGAAGAGACGAGGGAGAAAGAGGGAAGUCGAGCUCCUGGCGUGGACGCAGCCUCCUAAGGCGUUUUGGCCCUGUGGCAGUUUCGCGACGGACGCCGUCAGCGUAGACUCGCCGAUGCAUCCUCUCCUCGCGAGUGACCGCCGCACAGAGAGACGCGAGACGGAGACGCGCGACUUGCAUGCACCAAAAGCCGGAGAACGCGCAGAUCUCCUUCGCGCGCCUCACGGGUCGAGCGCCUUCCUCAGAGUCCAUCUGGGCGACUUGCGGGUCCCCAAGACGGUGUACGGACACCCCGUACUCGGCGUCCACUUUGUCUUCCGCGUGGGCGCCGCACGCUGGUUUCGCCAGAAGUUUUUGGAAGUGCCUCAAGAUCUUUUUGUCUCCGCGGAUUGCUCCGCCACACUCGCUGCUCACCCCCACUGUCUCUUCUCCCUCCCGGCGCUCGGCCAACAGCUGCAGGAGCUGCAGCAGGCUCUCGUCCGGAUGCUCUUGCCCUCACCCUUCUCCUCUCUGCGGCUUCUGAAGAGGGAAGCGGGCAUUCUCUGGGAAGGUUUGCGAGCGAUGCAGCCUCGAGAGAAAGACGAAAACAGAGGCAGGCGGGAGGCGCUGGAGGUCCGCAGCAGAUACAGUCCACUCCUCGCCCUGGCGGUGCGCCUCCUCGAACAGCCGACCUCGCCGCUUCUCCGUCAGGAGCAGAAGCGUCUCGAGUUUCUUGUCUCCACCUCGUCCUUCCUCGCAGCUUCGGAGGCAAGGCCAACGGAUGCAGUCUGCGCGGCUUUCACUCCCGCGCACAGACGCCCAGACGGAUGCAGCCAGAAUUCAAAAGACACACCGCAGAAGGAGAACGAGAGAGAACGAGAGGACACAGAGGAGGAAGAGGACGAGGAUACGGAGGGAGGCGCGCUGGAGAAACUCGGGGAGGAACAGAGCAAGGAACCGGGAGGAAGCCAGCUGGGAAGACGCGGUGAAUCAACCUACGAAGGGGAGAGAGAAGAAGUCACUUCCGUCGAGGAGAGAGAAGAAAAGAAGAGAUCAGGCGACAGCACCAGGCCGACGCUGUCGUCAUCCUUCGCUGCCUUUCAGUUUUCCUCCGACGCGCGUUCUUUCGGCUUGAAUCGCCUCACCUUUGGGUCCUCGUUCUCCUCCUUAUUUACCUCCUCUUCCCCGCCGGCCUCGCCGCCGCCAUCUUCUUUCGCGUCCUUUGUCUCCGGUGCGGCGUCUCCUGAGCCUUCUUCGCUGGUGCGGUGCGCGAGCGUUCUUCUGCGUCUGCUGGAGGAAGAAGACUUGGCAGAGACAGACCAUGCAGAAAAACAAGAAGUAAACUUCUGGGCAUGGCUGUAUGCCUACGCCGCUCUCGAGCGUCUUCAGUGGACCUACGAGGAAACUCUUCGGCAGCGACGCAGGGCGAAGUGCGAGCGAACGCGAGUCAGCCAGGAGAUGCAGAGAAACAGCAGACGCAGAAGCGACGGUGGAAGACAAGGAGAGAAACAGGAACCCCCACACGCAGUCCGGAAACUGUCCCCAGGAACAGCACAGUCUUCUUCUUUUCCUGGUUCCCUUUUCCCUUCUCACCCUCACUGUGGUUCUUCGUCUUCUUUUCCUUCUUCACCUGCUCCGUUCUCUGCUGAGGUCGAGGAUCUUGUGUUUCUCUGUACGCCGGUUAUUCCGCCGUCGGCGCUGGCUGUGGUGGAAAGCUUGUUGCUUCGGCUUGCCAGUCUUUGGAGGAAAUGUGUGAAGAAUCGACCGUUGAUUCGCAUGCUCAUCACCGUCUUCGCGGCGCCUUUCGUUGCCGGGCGCGUUAUCGAGGUUCUUCUCGGCGCUCUCCGACACUUUCGACUCGUGCAGGGGCAGACCUUCUUUGGCCAGUGGGCUUCACGUCUCGAGUUCGAUCCUUCUCCCCUUGUUGACAUCUUCGCGUCUCCCUUCUCUCCUGAGCAACGCGUCUGUCCUCUUCAAACGGGUGCUUCGUAUUCCUCUGCUUCUCUCUCUUCUCCGUAUGUCUUUUUCUCUCCUGUCUUCGGCACUCGAGAUGGGGGAGACGAGGGAGGAACGCGUGAAGAAGGGAGCGGGUGCGGCGAGGGAGACGCCGAGAGAGGAGAGCAGAGGAGACAGAGGAGACAGAGGAGAGAGGAACUCCGAGAAGAGGCAACGAUGGAGAAUGAGACACUGGCGACUCUUCGCCGAGUGACUGGGACGUCUGACCUGAGUCUUCUCCGCGCCUCUGUGCGCUAUAUCGAGAGCGGCGGGGAGGGGGCGGCCUUCUGGUCUGCUCUGGGCGUCUCCCAAGAAGCGUUUGAAAGCUUGCUCGCUCGUGACAGAAACGCGCCUGAGGCAGCUGAGAACUCUGAAGAGACGCGAAGCGAGAGGAGGCGAAACGAGACCAGAUUUCCUGUGGGGGAGCACGCUUCGCGUCUCGCUGCAGUUCUCUCGGCGUCUCUCUCCUCCUCAGUCUCGCGGCCUUCCGCUGCCCUGUCGGCGGGGCCUCGAGACUACACCCUGCCUGUUCAGACCAGAUCCGCGUUGCCAAAGUCUCCUGCUUCUCGCCCACGAUCCCCCAACGUUUCCUCGAGUUUUUUGGGUCCUCCACCUCCUUCAGCUGCUCGCUGUCCUACGACCUGCGGAGCGCCGCUCGACCGCUGCGGGAGCAGCGGCGCGGAUGGUCACGAACCUGAAAAAAGGAGAGAUCGAAACGACUCCGAACUAGAAGAAGAGGAACAGAGAAAAGGGGAAGAAAGACGGAGAGAAGAAGGCAAACGAAUGGCGGACUGGGGAGACAGCAUUGGAGACAGAGGAACAGAGGUUCUCCAGCGAGUCUGGGAAGGAAGCUGCAGGGAGGCGAAAGAAGAGGACGCAAGUGCGUCGACCUACCAAAGUUUCCUCUCGACCUCUGAACGGAUCGCGGCGUCCAGUGCUCUGCGUCAGUGUCUCCUGUCUCUGCAUCUGCUGUCGCGCCAGCCGCGCGCGUGUCUAACAUCCUCUUUUUGGGAGAAUCGAACGCAUUUCGAGCGACCUGGGGGUGCCAUACCCUCAGCGAACGGAGGCCGAGAGGCUGGGGGAGAAGGAGAACAAGAGAGAGAACAAGAGGAAGAGCAAGAGAGAGAACAAGAGGGAGAACAAGAGAGAGAACAAGAGGAAGAGCAAGAGAGAGAACAAGAGAGAGAACAAGAGGAAGAGCAAGAGAGAGAACAAGAGAGAGAACAAGAGAGAGAACAAGAGAGAGAACAAGAGAGAGAACAAGAGAGAGAGCAAGAGAGAGAACAAGAGAGAGAACAAGAGGAAGAGCAAGAGAGAGAACAAGAGAGAGAACAAGAGAGAGAACAAGAGAGAAAACAAGAGAGAGAACAAGAGAGAGAACAAGAGAGAGAACAAGAGGGAGAACAAGAGAGAGAACAAGAGAGAGAAGAGGAGGAAGCGACACGCUGUGGCUUGGCCUUGUCGGGUCUUGCAGGUUUGCCUGCGGACGUGGUCUCUCACUUUGUAUGUUUCCAAGAGGCGCGUCUACCUCUGGAACUCGACGGCCUGCUCCGCGAAAUCUGCAUGCACCGUUGUCUCCAGCAGUGCUCGUGUUCCCUCUCGUCUUGUGGCGCACCGCGCGAGGCCGAAGAAGGGCAUGAAAAGCGAUCGGCGAACGAGAACGAGUGCGAGGAAAAGCGCAAACCGCGCUCCUGCGUCGACGAACAAAGCAGUCGAGAGACUGGCUCUCCCGAGGCUGCGUCUGCGUCGUCUCCGUUCCUUCCUCUGGCUGCGGUCGAACGCUAUUGCGAGCCAAGUUGCCGACGGCAAGACCCGGAUCGUCUGCGGUGUGGGACGCCUCCCAGGGAAUGUCACGUUUGGUGUGCAUGCGCUGAGUUGCCGCCUUCCUCAGAAGCGGACGCACCGCCCACCGCGCCAACCUCGAGUCUCGCAGGUGUCUCCGAGUGCUGCGUCUGUCUCUUCACGCUCGUCGGGCGCGCGAGAAGCGGCGUCCUGCCGGCCCUCCUCGAGUCUCGAGACGACGCCGAACGAGCUACUCUGCUCCUCCUCGACUUGGCGCUCGACGAGCUGCACCAGACGCUUGUGGGCCGCCUCUUUGGGGCGUACAGACACUCGAGGGAGGCCCUCACACAGGCGUCGGAGCCGGGUCAGUGCGCGCGAAUGUCGGCGGCAACGCGAGAGAGAGGAAAUACGCAGAAGGCAAAGCAAUCGGAGAGAGCAGAACAAGUGGAGAGGGUGGGAGACCGAAGAGCUUGGGGGGCACUGUCUGAGAGGGAGGAGCUGCAAGACGACGCAAGGGGUCAGGCGGGAGAAGGCGCGUUGAGAGAAGGAAACAGCGAGGAAAAAAGGAAGGUCGAGGAUGGCGGCGUAGAUUUUUCAGCGAAAAAGAGAAGCGGCAGCGACAGCCAGUGCCGGGAUGUGAUACCGGAACGAAGAGAGCCUUCAGAGAUGCUUCAGCCGGUACAGUCAGCUACGGGAAGCAGCAGCAGUGCCUCAGUCGCUGUCACUUCCUCUGGAUCAGCCUGUUCUCUCUCUCCUUCUUCCCGAUCUUUUUCUGUCUCUUCCUCGUCGGUCUCGUUCUCUGUGCCUUCCUCCUCUUCGUGUGCAAGCCUAGGUUGCUCGGAAACAGUGACUCUGGAGUCUGGGCGGCGAAGGACGAGAAGGAGACAGUUGCGCCUGCAUGCGCCAGCCGCCUCGAACGAGUGCCCCGUGACCGCGCGAGUGGAGCGGGAGCGAGCGCUGGGCUCCAUGGCCUUCUGGCCCGCUUGCGUGGGCACCCUCUUUCCCCUCCUCGGCUCUCUUCUCCCCGGCCUCGUUAUUUUGCAUCCGUGGUACGAGGAGGUCGAGGCGCUGUACCACGACUGGCAGUUUAUUUCUCAGCUGCUCGAGCGCGAGAUGUCGGACCGUGUGUUGUGUGCCUCGGAGACGCCUCAGAAGAAAGAAGGUGCGAGAGAGAGAGGCGACUGCGUGGACGCAGGAGCGCAGGGACUUCCGCCGUCGCUUCUUUUCCUCGUCGCCGUCACGCGCAGACUCGAGCGCUGCGUCGUGCGUCUGGCCGGACUCCUCGAAGAAAACAUCAACGGGAAACUCGCCUUCUUCAUUCAGGCUCGCAACGGCCCCUCUUUACUUGCAUGCGUCCUCGUGGAGCGCUUUGUGCACAGUUCGGUCGUGAACGCGGUCGCUGUGGUGCUCCAGCAGCUCUCCGUUUCGCUCUCGUUCUACUUUCCUUCCGUCUCCUCAGCUGUCUCCAUUCUCCCCACAAACAGUUCGGCAGCGGCGGGUGUGCUCGCCUUCAUGCCGUCGCUCUCGGGUGCGCAGUUCAUCCCGCCGUCGUCUUUUCCGCUGCUCCUCGCCGCGUCGCACUUUGACGAAGACGCGACGCUUCCGGCUUACAUUCGGGCAAUUCUCCUCUGCCCCGCGGCCGCGCCGUUUCUGGAGCGCGUGAAGGGUCCGGUGCUGCUCAGCCAGUUGGACCGGCUCGCCGCGAUCGGCCGGGAGCUUGUGGGCGGAGCGACGGAGCCUUGCUGCGGCAACGCGGAGGAAGAGACGCAGAGGGAAGAAAGAGGGAAGGAUACAACAGGCAAUACCUCGAGCGAGAGAGGGAGAGCGCCGCAGGGACGCACGGCUUCAAAGAGAUUCGAGGAAAAGCGAGACCUGCAGCCAGCGGGAGGAAGGCCUCGAGCUUCAGGUUACGAGGACGACAACAGAGACACAUUAGGAGACGCUUUCGAUGGCGAUGCCUGCGACGCCAGGUUCUGCGAAGACAGGGAGAAACCGAAGCGCGAACUCGGCACUCAGAACGAACAUGAAGAAAGACCGACUUUCGCAGGAGGCCGCGUCUCCUCUCGGUCGCUCUCCUCCACGAGAAGAGACGGUUCCUUUUUCUCUCUGCCCCCUCCGGCUGUCUCGGAAUCUGCAUGCUCCUCUCACUCCCUUUCUUCGCGCUCCCUUCGUUCUGGCACUGUUCCCGAGGGUCCACGCCAAGCGCAGCUCGCAGCGGAUUUGUCGUGGACCUUUCAGGAGCUGCAGAUUGCGGCGGCGGCAGCGCUCGCAGCGUGCGAGUCCGGCAGCGUCUCCUCGCCCCUCCGCUUCUGCGCGCCGCGCCUCACGAGUCGCCUGAUGCUCCGCGCUCGCGCCCAACAGUGCAUGGUCGCCGUGGUUUCAGACCCUGCGUUCUUUCUUGCACUUCUCGUGGACCUGAUUCAACAGCGAAAAGGCCAGCAGCGGCGCGAAGACUCGUUUCAGGAGGCGGGGACCUCCGAGCGCUGCCGACGCACUGCCUUUGGCUCCUUCUCGGCGCGCCCCAGGAAGAACAGUAAGAACAGUCUGAUCUCUGGACAGGGUGUGGCAGGCUUCUUCUCCCGGAGCUCGCCGGCUGUGGGGCGCAGGCGCGAGAUCCCCCGAAAAGGCGCGCAGGGGCCGCGACAGGAGGGUGGAGAGAGACGCCGGCGGGAGGAAGGGCGCGCGACGCAGCGCAACGCCUUCAUCUUGGGCGAGCGACGCCGCAGCAUUGCAGAGGUUCUGCAGGUCCUCGAGAGGAGGCGAAGAAGGGAGGGCGUUUUCGUUGGCGUUCCCGCCCACUCGUCUCUGAACGCGCGUCGUCACGCUUCGAACUUCCGUCGCCAAAGGGCGUCAAAGCACCCACACAACGCCUGCCUCUCUUCUUCUAUCUGCGGUUUUCCUUCUUGCUUUUCCUUCCCCGGGGACGAACUCGAACGAGUCUCCGUCGAGUUCGGGCCGUCUUCAGGGCCAUCGUCGGGGGCUGUUUUGAUUCAGCGAGACGUGGAGAUUCACAGCUACCUCCACGGACAGGCGUUGCGAGUGCGGAGUGCGCCAUCGCUUCCGAACCGCACAGCAGAGCUCGUCCAGCGUCUCCCGCUCCUCCUUCUUCUCUCGCAUCCGCAACUGGUCCCUCUCCUCCCGGACUUCCUGCAAGACUCCUGGCCCCUCAACGCAGACGCCCUGCAGCUCGCCGGAGACGCUGGCCAUCUCCAGGCCCUCACCGACGCCGCCGUCGCCGCCGCGACCGCCAGCGCCGGAGGAAGCUUCCUCGAAGACGAGCGAGAAGAAGGCCCUGAGGCGAGGGCAGAAGAACAGGAAGAAGACUUAGGAGACCGCGACGCCUUCUUCCUCACCAGGCCGACGAAAUGUAUCGGUCAGACGCCCUUCCGGAGCGACGGCGAACCAGAAAGACAGACAGCUGCAGAGGUCGUCGAGACAGCUGCAGAGGUCGUCGAGACAGCUGCAGAAGUCGUGGAGACAGCUGCAGAGGUCGUGGAGACAGAGAGGCUUGAUGAGAGCCUGGAGGUGAAGUGUGGAGGAGCGGAAGAGUUUCAGUCGGAGACAGGAGACGAGGGUAAGCUCGGACUUCAGGCUGGGCAAAUCGGGUCCGAUCUCCUCGCGACUUGUGACGACCCUGAGACCGAGAGCCACAGUCCGGGCAGAGGUUGCGUUGAAUGUGAAGCGGCCGCGGCGAAGAGAGAAGAGCAAGAGGGGCGCGAUCGCUCGGUCUGCCUCGAGUCGCGGCAGCAGCUCAGGAAGCCGCUGGACCUCGCUGCUUCGACUCCGUGUCUCCAGCUGUGUCUACGCUGUGAACAGCAUCCAAAGAAGCGAAAGAGAGCCUCGCUCAUGGCCUUUUUGAAUUCUCUCUUUCCUCCUUGUUAUCCGUCACUUGCUUCCUCUCUCUCUGCUCACUGUUGCUCUUCUCCGUCUGCGGCGUCUGUCGCGCGUGCUCUCUCUCGCUCCCGGUGUCCCUGCCUCGCAGAGUGGGCCUGUGCGUCGCGCGCGUCAGAGUCGCCUUUCUCGCCAGUUGGGCCUCAGGGCUCGCUGUCGCGUUUCUCGUCGUCGCCCUCGUGUCUUUCUUCCACACUGUUGAUUGAGCAUGCGUCGUGGGCCGAUCCGUUUCGCUUGCCGAUGCGGAACGCGCCGAUUUUCCCUCCGAUUUUUGAGGCUCUUUCAAGCGCUGGGCAUGAAGCCGAGGAGGGAGCUGAGGAAAAGGCCUUUGUGGAGGCGAGUGCUACGGCCGCCGCAGUCGCUGCAUGCGCCGCGCUGAACGCGCCACCAGAGGCCACCGUGAAGGCCGUUGCCGAGGCGCGUGCGUGGAGCAGUCGGCGCCUCUUGCGGCGCAUUCAGAGUCGCCAGCGGCGCGCCAGCUCCAGCGACUCCCAUACCGCUAGCUGGGCUCCAACGGGUGUCUCCGCCGCGCUUGCAACUCCGCGUGGCGGCCCGGGCCUUGCCUUUCUUCUCGGGAAGCGCCCGCUCGGCUCCCCGAGCGACACAGCCCGCGACAGGUCGCAGCUUUCCUCGAGCAGCGAAGCCGGAGACAAGCGUGGAGACGAGAACUCCGAGAACGCGCUGGAGGACAGAUCCCGGCGAGGAGGAGCUGACACUGUUUUUGAGGGCCGAUUGGAGGCCUCAAGGGCGUCUCCAGCGCGACGGCCGGAGGGUGUGGAGACGCUGCCGCGGAAGGACGACGCGGCGGGCCCGUUUUACGACGAACGCUCCCCCAUUGCGUUCGAGAAGCCCAGAAAAGACUUUGAACGGUCCCCACCGUCUGCGUUGCCUGCAUCCCCCACAACUGUAGCAGGUAUGUUCGCGCCAGAGAAAGGUGACGCGUCGCGCAGCAGUGCCUCGUUCUUCUCCUCGCGCUUCUCCGCGCGCUCCUACGCCGCAUCUUCCCCGCGGUGGCUUCUGGGGGUCGAGAGCUUCCAGCCCCACAUGGUGGGUUCAAAGGGCCUCUCUAUCGCCCUGCUGCAGCAGUCCCCCAUCCGCGGCUGUCUCUCCGCGACCGCCGCGGUUCCCUUCGACGCCUUCGAGCGCACACUGAGACACUCCGUCAAUCGCGAGGCCCGACGGAAACUCCAACAGAUCAUCUCCGCCCUCGACCUCUCGGGGGACAUGGAGAAGCUGCGCCGAAGCAGGAACGCCGCGAAGGCCGCCGCGACCGCCGCACGCGCCGGGGCCGCUGUGGCCCGCGCCAUGGGCCAGGAGGCCCCGGACGGGGCCCUCGCCGCGUCUGCGGUCGCCGGCGGAGAGACGGUUUUCCUCCACACGGUGCUGCAGCUCGAGCGACUGCUCAAGCGCGCGAGACACCUCGUCCGCUCUCUCCACCUCCCGCCUGAUGCAUUUCGAGAUCUCUAUCUCUUCUCGAACUCCCCAGACGGCGCAGAAGGCGAGGCCGGCAGACGAACCGCUGGCCCCGCCAGAGAAACUGGCCCACGCGGGAGAAGAGAAGCUGAAAGGAGAGAAGGAGAGAGAAGCGAAGCCGCAGCUGAGACUGAGGCCGAGCCAGGAAGCUCGUACAGAGGAGAAGGGAGGGAGAGCGAGAGAGCGAGGGAUGGCAGAGGCAAGGAGAGAGGAGACGAGGCGAGAGGAAGUCGGCGGAGGUCGAUGACCGCGCCGGAGACAGCGCGAGGAGAGAGAGAAACAGGAAGACAAGCCGCGGAGACAGCCAGAUGUGAAGAGCGGGGCGCGAGCGACGACGGACGAACGAAAGCGCUUCACGCGGAAGAGCAGAGACGGAUUAAACACCGCCAAGCGAAGCUGAAGGCUCUCCUCCAGCAAAACCCCGAACACCUCUGGAAUUGUGUCAAGAACGUCUGGUGCACAAUUUUCUCUCCGAGCGUCGUCCUCGCUCUCCAGCGGGCCCAACUCCGGUUCUCUCAGAUUCGCAUCGCCGUUAUCCUUCAGUUGGUGGACGGCAUCUGUGAAGCGUCGUUUCUCUGCCGGACGGACAUCGGGAGUCUGUACAGCAGGACGCCGCGCGAGCAGGCUGCAGACCCGUCUCUUCGUCCGUCGCACAUCUGUGACGAGAAAAGCAGAAGCCGCGGCCGGUGGCCUGAAGGCCCUGUUUCUCUUCGAGUUUCCGCCGGUACAGGGAGGAAACCCCACACACCUCGCAACGCGCCAGCAGCCUCGGAGACAGCCGAAGGGUACCACGAGUCCUCGACCGGCUCAGGGACUAAGGAGACCCUUCGGCACCCCCACGGCGAUCGCAGCGAGUCGCCUGGAGGCGCACAUAAGGGGAGCAGUGCCACCACCGAGGAGACAGAGGCGCGAAAGCCCCACCCGGGCUGGCUUGAGCGCACCCCACACAUCGGAGACACCUUCUCUUCUCCGCGCUCUCUCCGGUCGUUGAGUGGGUCGGAGUCGCCUCGAUCGUCAGGCGAAGCGGGGCCCAGUUCGUGCGAGUGUUCGCCGUGUGGCUGUCCUGAAAUUCGAGAGUUGUAUGGUGAGGUGACUCUCGGUUUGGGCCUUGCUCCCCGUGAGCUCCUCGAGGGCGCCGUCGCGAGUCCUGGCGAACCUCUGCUUUUCCGCGCCCGGUACACUGCCGACCCCCCUUUCGGGGCUUCUUUGUGGGGUGCGGGCGGAGACUGUGGAGGCACUGUGCGGAGGCCCGAAGAGGGACCGGGCGCGAGCGCGGACGCUGUGGGAGUGUUGCGAGAGCAGAGCGCGCGGGAAGAGCAGGCAGAAGAGAAAGAAGAGAACGGGCAGGCGACGCGUGAGGGGUCUCAAGAAGGUCGAGGCCGGGAGGGUCUUCUGUCUAGCGGGUGGACGCGGGAGGCGACGCCGAGCUCGGCUCGGGGCGUGCAUGCGUCGUCGACUUCGGGUGUGCGGUUCUCUUUGGAGUCCGAAACUCCACAGAUGUCGCGUAUGUCCUGGUCCCCUCUAGACAGGGAUGAGUCUGGGCAGGAGCCAAGCGCGGCGGUUCGCUCGCGAGGCUCUUCCUGCGCCUCUCUCGCGAGUUCCGCGGGCCAAGCGAGCCGUCCACCGUCACGCUGUCUGUGUUGUCGGGCGCUGAGCGAGGCCUGCCGGUGUACAGAGACCCGAACGGGGUCUCGCGUUGCUCCGCCUCGCGUUGAGAGAUUCCCCUCCGCCAGCACACUGCUGCGGUGCCCCUCUGCAUGUAUCCUCGUUUCUGCCGACCUCAAUGUCGAGGGCCUGGAGACGAUGAUGGCGGUGGACGGAGUAAUGGCUUGCAUUCAACACCCAGAGAACGCCAAGUGUCACCUGGUCGAGCCUCAAGACUCUCGCGCCUCCAGCGCGUCCUCGCCCCAAAGCGGCGAGUCCCCUCUCAGGCCCGCGACCCCCGCGGCGCUGCCUGUGGGGGGGACAGUUCCGCGGCGGUGGCGCGUCGAGUACCGCCAAGAAAAGUGGAUUUCCGACCAAACGUGGAGAGACGCGCGCCUCCUGCAGGCUGCCGCAGUGGCUGUUGAGGCCGAGAAGGCUCUCGGCUUCCCUCAAGUCGUACACGGCAUGUGGGUGCGGAGCGCAGAGGGGGGGGCGACCUGCGGCGCGGGGGACGCGCUCGUCCUCCUCAGCUCCAGAUGCGUUCCAGCAGUCCAGCAGGAAGCAGUGGAAGAGACUCGCAUGCUCUGACGAUGAGCCGAGGGGGGAAGGCGAAGAGAGAAAAGAAGAUCAAGGAGGACGCAGAUGAACAGACGUCGACUCAGAGGGCGAGGAAUGCAAGAGUGGUGACAUGCGCCUGUGCGGGAGAGGCGGCGCGGAAAGGUGGAGGUUUUCUCGAGCGGAGUAACCGUUGGGAUUUCAAGAGAAAACGAGUCUAAAGGAGAGAGGGAGAAGCGGCGAAAGGAAAAAGAAGAACGCAGACACAUCUCCAGAGCUAGGCAGGGGUGCAGGGAAGCUUAGAUUCACGGCAAGAGACGAGACUGCGAACUCUCUCUGUGGGUUGCCUUUCGUCAGCUGGCGCCAGUGAAUGCGCCAUGGGCGCUGUCUGUCUUCGGGGAUCAACAGGCGGUGCAGCGACCUCACGCACAUAGACGGAAAAUUCCAGCAUUUUUUGAUAGAACAGUGGAAAGGGGAAGGCCUCCCACGCGUCGUUUUCCUGAGCGCCCUCUCCUCAUCCGGGUGUAUAGACACGCGUGCGAACGUCCGCCUUCUCGGCUUCCGAAGUCGCGGAGACAGUGCUGGAAGCCAGUAGACGGAGGUGAUAUCUCGAGUAAAGUCCAGAACAGUGCAGAUGUGGGCAGAGAAGAGACAGUUUAUAAUUGCCGUUCACAGCGGCGCCUCUGGUUUCCAGAUAUAUAUAUAUAUAUAUCCGAAGAAAGAGAGUUUUUUGUUUGGAUCCUCAGAAAGGUUGUUUGCAUAAAUUUGUGAAGAAGGAGUUACUUCGUGUAUAGUUUCGAAGAGAAAUUGUAUAUAUUCUCGAAAGGGAAUUGCUUUUGUGUAAAACGCGAGAAGGAGAAGAGUUACCCUGUGUUACCUUUGUACUGGAGAUAACUACAGGUAUGAUCACUCCAGCGUUUAUAUCUCCUUCAUAAGCAUCCCUGUGCAUUGCUAGCGUUUUCCAGCACCUCGUUCGAGAAGUCGAAGCAGGAUGGGGACUGCGGUCGUUAUAUAGUACAGCAGCAAAAAGGAGAUUUUCAGAUUCGGGGCCAGAGAUCUGUGUCGCGAUAAAUGAUCGCGGACAGUUUCGCGUUGAUGUCGUCUCUGGGUAAACGGAAAGCAGACGUCUCGAUCGCAGCCGUCGUCGGCCCUGGGAGGAAAGGAAGCGCGGAAGCCUUUUUGUUUCGCUCAUGUCGAGAAAACGACACACUGCUUUACCAGGACUUUCCGUAAAAGAUGUGCGGCACCGAGUUGCGUCGCACAUCUCUAGUUAGCCAGUGCUUGCACUGUUGCGACAAGAAAGUGCAGAAAUAAGGUUGUGUCUUACCCGAUCUUCCAUACUGUUUCUUUCCAUUUACGAGGAAAUUACUUUCUCGCGUUCUUGUCCUUUGAGGUCCCGUGGACGGCGAGAAGAGUGUCAAGGAGAAGGAGUGUUCAUCUGAGAAGCGAGCAUCUGCAGAAUGAAAUCGAGACGCACUUCAGUUCACAAAUACACAAAACGGUUCCGACCAGACAUCCCCCAGUACGCAGAAACCUGGCGAGACACACCAAACAGGAGAAGCCUUUCUCGAGAUCAACAAAGGCGCUAAGGCUGUAGAUCAAGAGGGGAAACACACUUUCUUCAAGCAGAUCGAGGCCACUGAGAAAAGCUGACCUCGCAGAGGCGGAAGUUUCCACGCCAGUCGCACGCAUAUUGGUCAAAUAUACAAAAGAGAGGUUUCCCCCCUGCCGGCAUGCGACCUGAAGAUGCAUGCCCACUGUCUCCUCUCGUCCCUGUUCUCUUUCUUCCCCAGUGUGUCUCCUCUCUGCAUCGACCCAAGCAAACAUUACUCGCCUCCUUCCCCUUCUUCUCACCUUCCUUCGUGGGUGCCGACUGUCUUCCGAGACAUUCUCUCCACUGAGAUGUGAAAAACAGUUUGCUCCCUAAUCCACCACUGAACGUGUGUCACCGUACAAAGAGGAACUCCACUGUACACACUGGUAGAUGUACUGUCCUCUCUGACUCUUCUCUCUGGCGUUGGCAUAGCAAGGUUGAGCCGAGCAUUGUUCAUCACUUUUAAACAACCUUCUUCGGCGAAAAGAGGGACAGCUGUUCCGCGUCAAAAGAGCUCGCAGGGUCUCUGUGCCCUUUCCUCCCUGUCCUAGGUGUGUCGGACUGUCUCUGAAAAGCGGUAAACAGACUGGGAUGCGAUGCAGGUUAUCUCUGCGCAGGCGCAGCUUGUUCCUUCUUCGUCACGGAAAUCCAAAGUUCCGUCGAGUCUUUCUUGUUCGGUUCGCCUUUUAACAGCUUUUUGCGUCGAUACACAGGAAGAGUGUGUAUACACACACCGUGGUAGGACUCUUCCGUUUUGACUCCUCGCUUUCCGUCAUUGUGCGUUCAGCCAUUUGAGUCGCUGUCACAGUCUCUCCCCGCGUCGUCUUCAUUUUGUAGAGAAGGAAGGCGUCACGCUUCGCCGAGAGGAGAGUUGUCUCUCGCCUCUCUCUCUUCUCUCCGCUCCUCGUCUGCCUCGCUUCUACUCUUUCCUUCCCUGUGGUUCGUCUUCCCCGG